CCGGCGAUGUUGACAAGAUGGCGGUAUAUGCACUAACUGUACCGCCACAAAUGCCACACGAGCCACACCCUUUGUAUCAUUGCCUAGCAACUAAGCAAUAAAUUAAUGCACUUUGGCAACCAUUAGCAACCGUUGUUUACAUGGUUUGAAAUUCUCGAAUACAAUUUAUUUUAUAUCAAUAUACGUACUUUAUAUCAAAAAUGAAUAAAAAUCUCAAAGAUUUAGCUCCUAUUGCCAUACCUCAUGGCCCACCAGUGGAAUGCACUGAAGAGUAUUUCAAAUCUUUAAAGGAGAGUGCGAGUAUGGUAAAAAAAUACCCAGUAUGGGACAUAGCGCGGCCGACGCCACAAAUCUUGAUGGAACAAGCCCGGCGCGACCUUAUGGAGGCGGAAGAGAAACUAACAGAAAAGCGAGAAGAAGAGAAGAAGAACAGGCUUGUGAUGGAUGCCAAAUGGGCCGAGUUGCGCAACAAGGAAAUGCUGCUCAAAGAAUCCUUCAUCAGUUUUAACAAGUUCAUAAGAGAGAAUCAGGAGAAGCGUGAUCGAGCCGAGCGUAAGAUGGAGGCUGACAACGAAGUGCUAGUCCGAAAGACACGAGAGACGGAGGCCAUGAGGCAACGCGUGGCUGAGAUGGAGGAGGUCAGGGUGCUGAUGGAGAAGCAGGUCAAGGACUACACUAUAUACGAGGACUACCUCAUGGCAGUGGUACACAGUUACCCAGAGUUCAAACAACCGCUGGACGUUUUAAAUCGUUACGAAGCAUUAGCCGCUGCAAAAAGCACCCUAGCCGAUCGUCAAGAGCGGGACCUGGAAAUGUUGGAGAACGCUCGCCAGGAGAUAGCGGCGUUGACCGAGGAGAAGAAACUCUUCAUCAUGGGUCUUAACAACACUCUUGCCAAUUUGCGGUGGCGAUACGACAAAGUGAGGAAUCGCGUGAUAAAAUGGGAGUUGGCGCUGAACCGCCUGAAGGAGACCGCGUCGAGGAGGCACGUGGAGCUCAGCCAUGUGCGAGCCGCCAUAUGGAGUCUGUACGUGAAGAUCUGCAACCAGAAGGGACUGCCGCUGGAGGCGCCGGUCGCCGACUUCGAGCAGCAGCUCGUGGUAAUCAUGAGAGCGCUGUUGGAGCUGCGCAGGAUAUAUAGGAUUGCGCAAAGACGCUCGAAGGAAAAGGACGCCGAGUCAUCGCAAACAGCGUAGUGGACCUGAACGGAUACAAUAUCUACAUAUCCAGUUUACUAAUAAACUAUUUGAUAAAUUAA